AUGAAGAUUUCUUCUUUAUUAAAUAACGAAAAUAUUCUUAAACAAUUAAAUUUAACUGAUGUAUCUUCUGAUGAUUGUGUUCUUAUCUUGAAAGAGCCAAAUGAAAUUACUUUAACAAAAGAUGAUCUCCAAAAGCCUAUCAGUACUUAUGCAACUGUUGACAAUGAAUUAAUUCAUUUUCAAAUAUCAAUCUCAGUUCAAAUAACAAAACAUGACGAUAAGAAACAAAUUAAAAUACCUUUAUCAAAUAGAAAUAUAACCAUUGAACAAUUGUUAAAUUUAACAGAAAAAUCAAUCGAUGUUUACAAAUAUUUGGCUACAAAUGACACGAAAAGAAUUAUUAAUUCCAAUGAAAUACUUUCAAACUUAAAUAAAACAAAAUUUAUACUUGUGAAAGAAAACGAAACUUGUCUUAUAUCUAUUAAGAAAUCGAAUAAUGUACAACAAGUCGAUAAUAAUGAAGAAAAAAGUGAGAAACUUCAACGAUUUAUUAGUUUUGCUACUAUAGCUGAUAUUAAUAAAGAAAAUCAAGAAGAUAUUUUACAUAAAUAUCUUAUGUAUUCAAAUGAUUUUGUUCCAUCAAAAAAUACUCAAUUAAUAUCUUUUCUAUCAGUAUCACCAAUUCAAUUUACUAUGAUCAAUGAAAAUUUACCAGUUACUGUGAUUAUACAAAAUAAGGAAAUAAAUAAAUCGAUUCAAUUUAAUUGUGAAGAUUCGAUUACUGUUCAACGUCUUUGUGAGAUUGCAUGCCAAUUAUGUUGUUUGAACAAUAAAUAUUACUGCUUAAGUAUGGAUGAUGACACAGAAUUAACAGAUAGCACUCUUUCUUUAAAAGAUAUUACUGAUGAAAAUGCGACCGAAAUUAGUUUUAAAUUGGUAUCGACAGCGUCUCUGUAUUGUUCGAUCAACUACUCCAAUCAAAUCAUUAAAUUGCCAUGCUGUCAAGAUACACUGCUAAUGACCAUAAUUAAAGAAGUACUACAGAUAUUAAACAAGUCAGAAGAUAACAUGGACAUGUAUGAGUUGAUAGCAUUAGAUGAUGAUCGAACAGAAAUCGAUUUCAACUGUAAGUUAGAUGAUGUCCUGGCAUUAUUUCCUAAUGGUUUGACGACUAUUUCAUUUGAAUUAAAGAACAAAGGAGAUUAA